GCGAGCUUGAUGAGCUUCGCCGCCAACUCAAGGAACUCGUAGAGAAGGGCUGGAUCCGGCCGAGUGUCUCUCCUUAUGGGUGUCUCCAGUUCUAUUCGUGCCUAAGAAGAAGGAGGGUACUCUUAGGAUGUGCAUUGAUUAUAGGGGCCUCAAUGCCAUCACUGUGAAGAACAGAGAGCCCCUACCGCGCAUCGACGAUCUGCUAGAUAGAGUGCAAGGGUGUCGGUACUUCAGCAAGAUAGAUCUGAAGUCCGGGUACCAUCAGAUUGCAAUCCGGCACGAGGAUCAACACAAAACCACUUUUCAGACCAGGUACGGUCUGUACGAGUUUGUGGUGAUGCCUUUUGGCCUUUGCAAUGCUCCUGGCACCUUUCAGCACGCUAUGAAUCGGAUAUUCCAUGACUACUUGGAUAAGUUUGUCAUCGUGUACCUCCAUGACAUACUUAUUUUUAGUAAGACUGUCGAGGAACAUGUUGCACACUUGGACAAAGUCCUCGGUCUCCUGCGACAGCACAAGUUCAAGAUCAACGGUGAGAAGUGCGAGUUUGGCCGCACCCGUGUCUUGUACUUGGGUCAUGAGAUCUCCGCGGAAGGGUUGAACCCCGAUGACGCGAAGGUGGCCAGCAUUCGUGAUUGGCCACGUCCUCAGUCUGUGACUGAGAUGAGAUCUUUCUUAGGGAUGACAGGCUACUACAGAACUUUUGUAAAGAACUAUAGUAUAGUGGCCGCUCCUUUGACUGAUCUGACCUGCCUUGACACCCCGUGGGAGUGGACAGAUGAGUGCGAAGCUGCUUUCAGACAUCUGAAGCAUGCAUUGACGCACUAUGAGGUCUUGAAACUUCUUGAUCCUGAUAAGCCGUUCAUAGUAACCACGGAUGCCAGCCAAUAUGGCAUUGGCGCCGUGCUCGCGCAACAGGAGGGGCCAAAGUUGAGGCCAGUAGAAUACAUGUCCAAAAAAAUGUUGUCUCAGAAGUUGGCUAAGUCCACUUAUGAGAAGGAACUCUAUGCGGUGUACAAGGCUCUCACCCAUUGGAGACACUAUCUCCUUGGGCAGUUCUUCAUCCUCAGGACUGAUCAUCAGACCCUGAGAUGGAUGAGAACCCAUUCGGUACUCUCUGACGCUCUCAAACGUUGGAUCGAAGUCAUUGAGCAAUAUGACUUUGACCCUCAGUAUCUAAAAAGGGAGUACAACAAGGUUGUUGAUGCCUUGUCGCGGAGACCGGACUUCUCAGGUGCGCUGAUUACCGAGUUCGAUCUGACGGACAAUGUUACUCAGUCUUUGGUGGAAGCCUAUCGCGAGGACCAGUUUAUGUACAUCGAAGACGAAGCUGGAGCUAUGGCGCCACAGAUGAGGAGGAAAGGUAUUGGGCUGGAUCAGGUGUAUGAUGCUCGAGCAUUGCGGGUGAUUGUUGGUGAUGGAGGUGGUAGAUGGCAUGUGCAAGCCGUGGAAGGCUGCUAUCAUCUUCUCAGUAUUGUACAUAGUCUGUGGCCUCCAAUUUGUGGCGAGUUUGAUGACUACAUCGUUAAUCCAAAGCCUAGUGGAUAUCAGUCUCUUCACACUGCAGUGACAGGACCUGAUGGAGCACCACUUGAGGUCCAGAUCAGGACACAGGGUAUGCACGAGCAAGCUGAAUAUGGCCAUGCGGCUCAUUGGAUGUACAAAGAGGAGCGGGACAUGAUGGAUUAUGCAACAAAUGCAUUUCCAAAUGCAGCGGGAAACGAGGGUGGAGACACAGGCAGAGCAAAUGGGGCAAAAAUUAUUAAUGGGGAUAUGCUGGGCAUGGCACAAAUGGUGAAUGCAAACUUGUCAUCCGAGGAUGACAAUGAGCAGCAAUGCGAGGGGAGAGGACUUCCUGCAAGGCAGCAAUGGGGAAUGUGGAGUCCUGGGCACCCUGCGCUGAGGGUGCACCAAGGAAAGCUUCUUGCUGCGGUUGUGAUUAGGGUGGAAAAUGGUGGCCGUGAACUGAUAGUUGGUGUGAGCUUUGCUUUGCUGGCAAGGGAGGCAGUUGCAGCUGGACGGUCAGGCAACCAAAGGAAAAGAUGGGAAACGUAUGCAAAGCUGUACAAUAAGGUGAAGUGUUCCAACUGGUUGGAACCUGGGAAUGGCGAUUGGAGCACCUGCUUAGAGAAAUAUACGCUCUGCACUGAUGGGAUGUAUCAUAAGGAGGAUUGCUAUGGCUAUAAGCUCCCAACAUAUGUGCAGAUGUUAGAUCUGAACAGCGCUGAGCAGAAUGAAUAUCGGGAGAUCAUGGCCCGGGUUGCUGAUGGGGAAGAGGGGGUAUCAACAGAGUCAAGCAUGGUGGAAGAAAAAUCAAGCGAUGAUGCAAAUGGUGAGGUCGGAAAGAAAGAAGUUGCCUCAACACGUGCAAGACUGAAUAAUAAGGUGCGACUCUUAAGAGAAAUGCUACAAUGGGAGCAAGAGCUGCGACACGAAGCUGCGACGGAUGGAUCAGUGACUGUGAUGGACCCCGAACAUCCAGAAUCGGCUGCACUGAUGGAAGUUCUGGUUAUCCGUUGGCCCGAUGGCAAGAUAAUGAGGAUGCCUUUGGGAAGCACAGCAUCUGACGUGUCCGCCCGGGCUGGCCUGGACGCCAGAGUGGUUUUAAUAAAUGGCAAAGUCGCUUAUCCGAACACGAAGCUAAAUGAUGGCGAUGUUGUUGAGAUAAGGUCAUGGUAGGGAGUGAAAGGUGGGAGAAACACUCUCCACCUUCAGCAAAUCUUGAUACGUCCAGUCUUCUACCUUCCCACCCCCCACCCACCCAGCCAAGUUGUCAAUGUCAUGUGCUCACUGCUCAGCCAUAUGUCGUUGUAUUGCUGCUUGCUCAGCUGCAGCCUUCGGGAUGGCAGGUGUUGGGGUCACGGAUUGAUAUGGCUGAAAGUGGGGGGCCUUAUGUGCUAUGCGCAUAUGUGUUCCUGGUAGAAAAUCAUAGAGGGAUGCAAGUUUAUGUAACAGAACCAGAUGGCCUAAUGGCAUGUGAUUCUUCCUGGGACUUUUUGUGUCCGUGCAGAGAGGCCCAUACUGAAUUGCAUAAAGGCCGUGGCUACACCGGACCCGAACCCAGACCCAGCCGGUCAUGGGACCGAACGCACGUUCGAACCGGUCCGGACAUCUGGACUUCCGGGCAUGAAAGAGACUAGUAAAGAACCUUCUUGGCA